AUGUCUUCUCUAUUUGCAAAAUCAGCGAUUGAAACUGAAUUUGAUAAAAUUAUCAAAGAUCUUACUGGUGACAAUAAUGUCGUUGAAGAAACCGAAGAUAAUCCUAUUUCUACUGUAGAUAUUAUUGCUGAGCAAAAAAGGCAAGCAGCUGCGGAUCAAGAACGACAAGUAAGACAUGCUAAGGUCGAAAAAGAACGUGAAGAUGCAAGACAAAAAAUUCGUGAUAAAUAUAAUCUCAAGAAGAAAGAUGAACCUUCUACUUCUGCUAACAGUAAAACAACGAAGAUCUCAAAUCAAAACGAAGUAACACAAGUACAUGAAGCAUCAAGUGCCGAAAAUCAGGCGUUCAAUCCAAUGCAAAUGGCAUCAAAUACAUUUAAUACUUUAAAGAAAAAAUUCGGAUGGAAAUGA